CGAAUCCAAUUCGGUUAAACAUUAGUCCACCGCUAAUAGAGAGAGCGCCCGCCAAUCAACAAAGAAGGAACAGUCGCAAAAACACACUCUCCUCCUCAAACAUGUCUCAACUGUCGACUCUCUACCUCUUCGCUUACAAUUUUCUUCAGGCUCUUGGAUGGGCAAUUUCUCUCUCCAGAAUUUUGAGCAACUUGGUCUCCACCAAAUCAUUCAAUGGCGCUUACUCUUCUUCCGGACAAUUAAUCUGUUUGUUGCAAACUGUUUCAUUCUUGGAAGUUGUCCAUGGAGCAAUAGGUAUUGUGCCGAGUGGAGUGCUGCUUCCGCUUAUGCAAUGGGGUGGAAGGUCUCAUUUUUUAUUGGCAAUUGUUCGUCGCGUCGAUGAGGUCCAGGAGCUACCAUCAGUUUUCGUGACUUUCAUUGCUUGGUGCCUAAUUGAGGUAAUCAGGUAUCCACAUUAUGCUUUGAAUUGUGUGGGAAGUUCUCCAUCUUUAAUUACCUACGUCAGGUACACUGCUUUUAUUGUUCUGUAUCCACUAGGCCUUGCUGGUGAAAUGUGGCUCAUGUACCAAGCACUUUCGUUUAUAAAGACAAAAAACCUCUAUGCAGAUUCCUUUGCUGGCCUCCCUUUCACCUACUAUGAUUUUGUCAGGGUUUUGCUUCUGUGCUAUCCAUUUAUGUGGCUAAAGCUUUACCUGCAUUUACUUGAGCAACGGAAGUCCAAACUAGGUAAACAACGUAAGAAAAAGAAAAACUGAAGGCUUUAGUUCUGUCAAUCACUGAUCAAGGUAAGACUAGACAUUAAACUUCUUGCAUGCAUUUGUUGCUGAUAUGGCCUGCUGCGUCCAGUAUUUAAUGUCAAAAGUUUGAAAUGUAUGCAGUUAUAUAUCAUACCAUUGGCCCGCCAAUUGUUAGAUUUAUUGCUCCUUUUUAAAUGUUAAGUACAAUUAUUAAUCCCUAUCAGGUGCUAAAAUUAUUGGUAGUAGACUGUCGAUGAUUCUUUGCACUUGAUAGAUAAUGAUAGUGAUUCUUGCUUAUAGCAACAGUUAAAUUUAUGGCAAUGUUUUUGUUUCAACUAAUUGAUUUUGAGAUUUUGUUCAA